UUUCCCUAUUCUUUGCUUUCAAGGCUUUCAACAAACCAUAUUUUUAUCACAACCUUCUAAUCAAAUUAACGCCCAACUGCCUACGAUCGUUCUUCUCCUCCUACCUCCCUAAUCAUUAUUUCUAAUCUUUCCUCUCUCAAUUUAGGAUGACAAGACAAAGAAUCCAAAUUUCGAAUGAAAAAUUCAUGCACUUUUGGAGGCCAAUUAUAUGUAGGCAAAGUGUUCGACGAAAUGCCUGAAAGACAAAAAAAAAACAAAAAAAAAAAAACAGUGAAGUGUAUACAAAGUUGUCUGGUCUGAAAACCCCCAAACUAACUUCCCAACAGAACCCCACCAAUACUUCCCUAUAAAAGCUUCUACAAAGCUACAAAGCUUGCCAGACAAUGGACAAUUAAUUAUUCCUUUGAGCUUUGGCAAGAGAAAGAAGAAGAAGAAAGAAGCAAUAUGGCCAUGGGUGUUUUAGUGAUGGCUUUGGGUUUGAUUUUGAGUUCAUUACAGUUGCAGGUGUCGAAUGGAGCCGUCUAUAAGGUCGGGGACUCAGCCGGAUGGACAACCAUUGGGAAUGUUGAUUACAAGAAAUGGGCUGUCUCGAAAAACUUUCAAGUUGGUGAUGUUAUUGUGUUCGAGUACAACCCUCAGUUUCACAACGUGAUGCGAGUCACGCACGCUGAUUACAGAGCUUGCAAUGCCUCGUCGCCUAUGUCGACGCACACGACCGGGAACGACUCCAUCACCAUCGACUCACACGGGCACCACUUUUUUGUGUGCGCCGUACCGGGACAUUGCCAAGCCGGCCAAAAAGUUGACAUCAAUGUUCUUCGUGCCCCGUCCGUUUCACUUAGUCCUAAGGAGUCACUGAGGCCGUCUUCUGACCCUAAAGUUGCAACGCCGGCGCCGGCAAUGGCGCCGCCUCCUAGCAAUGCGGCCGCCCUUUUUGGGAAGCUCGACCGGAUAAUUCUUCUUCUAGUAGUGCUCUUUGGAAGCUUCUAGAAGUAUCAUUUUUUCGACUUAUUUGGUAUAUAUAUAUAUUCGUAAAAUUUGAUCUAUGUUCGGAAUAAUUUUGUCCUUUGAUAUAUAAUAUUUGUAUUAUAGUUUUCUUGAAUUUGAGUUUUGAUUGAGGUAUCUUACUUGACAAGUGUGUUCCAUUUGAAGUUUGGGUUUUGAUAUUUGAAAAUGAAAAAAUUUUGGAUUGAAAUG